AUGGCUACCGCGAAGAUCAUUUAUGGGACAGCCUGGAAGAAGGAGCGCACAACGGCACUUGUCGUGAGUGCAGUCCUCCAUGGCUUCAGAGCCAUCGACACAGCGUGUCAGCCUAAGCAUUACCGGGAAGAUCUCGUCGGAGCCGCGCUGCAAAUCCUCUACGACCAGCACGGCAUCAAGCGCGAGGAGCUCUUCCUCCAAACAAAGUUCACCUCCAUCGACGGCCAAGACCAGAACCAGCCUCUCCCAUACGACCCCUCCGCAGACAUCCCUACCCAGAUCCAGUCCUCCCUCCGGACCUCGCUCAAGAACCUCCGCACGACCUACCUCGAUAGCCUCGUCCUGCACUCGCCCCUCCGCACGCUCUCGCAAACGCUCGCCGCCUGGCGCACGCUCGUCUCCCUCCAAGCCUCGGGCGUCGUCCGCAAAAUCGGCGUGAGCAACACGUACGACGUCGCCGUGCUCGAGUCGCUCGAGCGCGACGGCGGCCGACGGCCGGACGUCGUGCAGAACCGCUGGUUCGAGGGGAACCGCUGGGAUAGCGACGUCUGGGCGUACUGCGUCGAGCAUGGGAUACAGUAUCAAUCUUUCUGGACGCUGUCUGGCUCUCCGAGCCUCCUCCGACACCCUACCGUCCGGUCGAUCAGUUCCGCGAAGGGAUGCACGCCCGCGCAGGCACUGUUCAAGAUUGCUCAGCUGAAUGGCAUUACCCCGCUGUGCGGGACGACGAACGAACAGCAUAUGGAUGAGGCUCUCGCAGUGGAGAGGCUUGACUUGAGUGACGUCCAAGCGUCCGUCGACGAUGUGCUCAAGUUCAUUCGAGCCUAG